UUCUCGGGGGAGUCGGGGCAGGCAGCGUGAGGGGCCACCAGGCGGCGAGCCAGCGAGGUACUGGCCUCCAGAGCCCGGGGCCACGGCGGGCCUCGGGCAGCGACGGAGCAGUGAUCGGUGCCUCCACGCUCGGGACUGGAGACAAGGGCAGGUCUCCAGCAGGGGUGCACAUGCCAGCCCGAAGGCCAGGACGCGGCGCAGCGAUCAGCUGGGAAGACAUGACAUGGUCCGGUGUGACGGCGAGGACAGAGGGGCUGCCGACCGGCCUUCCUGAACACUCUGGCUGGCCCGGCGGGGGAGGCUGCCCCAGAAGGGUUGUUCCUUUGGUUUCCGACGGAGUCAACACACCACUGCUGCUCUCUGGACCCCUAGAACCCCAAGAUGUAAAGAAAUGGUGCUGCCCAGCUCAAGUCUGGGCCUUCAACUCCGGGACUUCUUCAAGUCCGUCUAGCUCUGGAUCAAGACUCUGCUGCAUUCGGGAACCACUGCACACUGACUCAGGAAUCGGCUCUGCAGGCGAAGCUGAAGGAACAGGCCUUGAAAGGGCAGAGCAGCCCGCAGCACCCGCCGCCAGACGCCAUCUUCGUGACCCCCCAUGCGCCCAGCGGACCAUCACCGCCGCCUCCCCCUCUUUUCUUCUUCCUCCUUUCCUUCUGUCUCGUCAUUUCUCGUCUUUCUUCCUUCCUCUGCUUGAGAGAUUCAAAGCCUCCGUGACUCUGUUUCCCCACCUGUCCCCUCUGAAUUCAAUUUGCACUAAGUCGUUUGCACUGGUUUGGAGCUCGGAGAGCCUUGAGUCUCUGUGCGAAUGUGCGUGAGAGUGCGGGCCUCCUUGGCCACGCCGCCCCAGCGCCUGCCUGCAGUCCACCUCCGCCUGGGGGCCGCUGGGGCCGGCCGCGUGUGUGAGGCCUCGCCCUCCCCUCGCCUCGUCUGGAAGCUCCAUGACAGCGGAGCCACCUAGAAGCAUUCCCCACACCUUGCCCAGUGCCCCUCCCUACCAGGUCUCAGCAGAGCCCUGGCCUCAUCAAUAAACACAGUUA